AUGGUACUUAGAGAGGAAAUCUCAUCCUGUCUUGGUGGUGAGGGCAAGGGAGAAAAUAAAAGUUUCAACUGUUUUUUCUGCACGUUCACCUCAGUGAAGUUGUGGAGUCUUGGGCGUCAUCUGAAAACCCAUUCGGAUGAGAAACGUCACGCGUGUCACCUCUGCCCCAGCUUCCGUACAGCAGCCCUGCUGCACAGCCGUAACACACACACAGGGAACAAACCCCAUAAAUGCAGUGAGUGUGACACAGCCUUUGUGACCCGAGGGGAACUUGCACGACACAGGAGGUACAAGCACAAUUUGGAGAAGCCUUUCAAGUGCACAAUAUGUGAAUACUCCAGUGUGGAAGCCAGCAAGAAGAGGCGCCGCAUUCGCUCGCACACGGGAGAGCAGCGGCCCUUCCCCUGCCACCUGUGCAGCCAUGCCAGCAAAGGUGCCUGCAAACUGGAGAGGCACGUGUUAACUCACACAGGUGAAAAAUGCUAUGAGUGUUAUGUUUGCCAGGCCAGAUUCACUCAGAGAGGCACCAUGAAAAUCCAUGUGUUACAGAAACAUGGAGAAAAUGGGCCAAAACACCAAUGUCCACAUUGUAGUGCUUUCCUUUCUUGAAAAAGUGAUUUGGGUUAUAAGAACUACUGGGUUUAA